AUGGUCGCCAUCAAGAAAUUUGGCGCCGCCCUCUACCUAUGGCUGGGACUUGCCAGCCAGGGACUUGCCAUGGGGGCCAACGAUGCUACCGCCGACCUCAUCUUGGAGGCACGCAACGGUGGUGGGCUCAAGCCUCCGAUUAUCAUCCCCGGCAGCACCGGUGAUAUGGGCAAGACCAAACGUCCUCACAAGCGCAACGGUGGUGGUCUGAAGGUUCCGAUCGUCAUCCCCGGAAGCACUGGCGAUAUGGGCAAGACGAAGCGUCCUCACAAGCGCAACGGUGGUGGUCUUAAGGUUCCUAUCGUUAUUCCUGGUAGCACUGGCGAUAUGGGUAAGACCAAGCGCCCUCACAAGCGCAACGGUGGUGGUCUCAAGGUUCCUAUCGUCAUCCCUGGCAGCACUGGUGACUAUGGUAAGACCAAGCGCCCUGCUCACCACAAGCGCAAUGGUGGUGGUCUUAAGGUUCCUAUCGUCAUCCCUGGCAGCACCGGCGAUAUGGGCAAGACGAAGCGCCCUGCCCACCAUAAGCGCAACGGCGGUGGUCUUAAGGUUCCUAUUGUUAUUCCUGGCAGCACUGGUGAUAUGGGCAAGACCAAGCGCCCUGCCCACCACAAGCGCAACGGCGGUGGUCUCAAGGUUCCUAUCGUUAUUCCUGGCAGUACCGGCGACAUGGGCAAGACCAAGCGCCCUGCCCACCACAAGCGCAACGGCGGCGGCCUCAAGGUCCCUAUCGUUAUCCCCGGCAGCACUGGUGAUAUGGGCAAGACCAAGCGCCCUCCUCACCACAAGCGUAACGGCGGUGGUCUCAAGGUUCCCAUCGUUAUCCCCGGCAGCACCGGCGAUAUGGGCAAGACUAAGCGCCCUGGCCACAAGCGCUCUGCCGACUAUUAA